AUGACACUGCGCGAGCGGAGUGCGCAUGCCCAGUGACGGGCGGGGUGAAGAUGGCGGGCGGGGUGUCGCUGCUGCCGCCGCUCUGCAUCGUGCUGGCCCACGUUUAUCAAGUAUGGGCGCAAUGGGUAACAACUGACACUCCAACUCUCGUGGUGAAUGAGUUUGACAGUGUUGUGCUAUCCUGCAUUAUCCACUCCAGUCAUAAUGAGCAUCGCAUUGAAUGGAAGAAAUUAAAUGCUGUCACAGAUUUUGUAUAUUUUGAUAAACAAAUUCAAGGAGAUCUGAGAAAUCGAGGGGAACUGCAAGGAGGUUCCUCUCUAAAAAUACGCAACGUGACUCGUAAGGACACUGCAGUUUACCGCUGUGAGGUUGUAUUUGUAGAAACAGGAAACCUGGAUGAAAUUUCUGUUAACCUAACAGUGCAAGUGAAGCCGGUUGCACCAAAAUGCGAUGUGCCGACAUCUGUGCCAGUGGGCAAGGCAGCAAUCUUGACCUGUACUGAGAAUGAAGGUUACCCACCGCCCACGUACACCUGGUACAAGAACGGUGUCAUCGUUCCACAUGACCCAAGAUCCAACCCCAAAUUCAUUAAUUCUUCUUAUAAAAUAGACUACAGCACAGGGACACUGCACUUCAGCGUCACCUCAAAGCUGGACAUUGGGGAUUAUCACUGUGUUGCCAAGAACAAUGCUGGCCAGGCAAAGUGCGAACCUCAGCGGAUGGAUGUCUAUGACAUUAAUAUUGCUGCGAUCAUUGGUGGUGUUCUCAUUGUAGUUCUUGUUCUACUGAUUAUAAGCAUAGUCAUCAGGCUUGCUUACAAACGUGGAUACUUUGCAAAGAAACAGCCUGCAAACAGAUACGAGGCCUCCUCAAAAGCAGAGAGUGUUGAUUAUGUCAGAUCAAGUCCUGAAGCUGAGGGAGACUUUCGACACAAAUCUUCCUUUGUUAUCUGAAGAGAUGAAGAAAAUGAAGAUGGUUGAAAAAUCUCAUUCACCAGUGGUUUGAGUUCCUUUAUGUAUUUAUCUUACAUGUUCAUAGAUUUGUAAAGAAUUUAAUACCAGAGACUUGUGAUAUGAAAUUACCUUUUGCCAAAGCUGUUAACCAAUCUUUUGCUAUUAAAUAAAGACUUUUUAUUCUCAAAUGUC